AAGGGCUUGAAGGCGCGGGGGAAGGCUAUACGGACUGCCCUCAAGAAAUACAAUGCAUUGGCACCCCUUAUGACGCCGCCCGCACCACCAUUGCAGUGGAAAGACAUAGUUGGCUAUGGAUUCAUAUCUGAAUUCGAGCUCCUUAAGCAUGCACAUUCACACUGCGACAUAACCUCACUUCCGUGGACUAUUCCUGGGAACCGUGAAGUUGCAGCAAAAUAUUUCAAGAUAAUACGGGCCUACGAGGAGCUUGAGAGGCUCAACGUCGAGUUACGACGGCUUCGAACUGCCCUCGAAGACGAACAGAUCUGCUUCGAAUUGGCAUAUGCUCGGCUUGUGCCAAUGGACCCGAGUCUGGCCAUGGAAAUCCGCGUGCGCCAGCAGCGCAGGCUUCGCAUUAGCCAGGUGCACGUCCGCUAUAUAAAGGAGAUGCAAUCACUCCCUGGUUUUUCUGGUACAACAGAUCGCGGUGUACAUCUUGGUGCACGAAAUGAUACAAUGAAUGCCACU